AUCGUGGGGAUUUUUCUUUCUUAUUCGAACAAACUAUAAUUUUAAGUUACACAAGAUACGUUAUGAUAACUGAGCUACUGUAUUAACUGGAUUGAGCUUCAAGAGCGUGCCGUAGAUUCUUUUUCCUAGAAGGAACAUGUUUCCCCAACAUUCAGGCUUUCCGUUCGACUUAACAAAACCACCGCCGCCGAUCGAUGAUUCUUUUCCACAUCCAACACUUUUAGAACAGCUAAGACUAUCGGAUGAACUUCUCGUGGAAGAGUUUGUGUCCUCUCAUACGCAAAACCGGUCAAUCUCAGUUAACGCAUUCAAAUCCAACCCAUCCAUCAAUAUUGCAACCUACCGUACCGAGGUUCGCAAAGUACUGCACGCGUUGAAAGCAUUGAAACAUUCCAAGUUGGUGCUCGAAGAACUACAAAAAACGCCAGUAGACGAAAACGACACAAGGUGGAGUGAUGAAGUCGAACGUAUAGAACAUCUUAAAAAUGGCCUUGAUAGCAAACUUAAAGAGCUCGAGGAUUUGGCAACAGUAACAUCGGUUGCUAAUAAACUGGUAGUACGGCGCAAGAAACGAGCAUGGAAAAAGCGAAGGAAUGCUAGAUUAAAAAAGGCGCGAGAGAAACAACAAACGGAUCGUUUACGGCGACUAGAGGAAAUUUCUCGCUGGGAAACCGAAUGGAAAGCUCGAUUGGAAAAAGAACGGACAGCCCGCGAAGAGCUGCAGGCAAAAACGCUUAUCUUAGCCGAUGUCCGACGACGAAAAGCUCGAGCAAAGCGGUAUUUAGGUCGGUUCGAGAAGACUAUUCAACUACACCAACAAAGGCAAGGAGAAACGUUAGCAAGGGAUCCGGUUGAUGAUACCAGGGAGCGUUUUCGGAGGAAUGUAGAUGCACUGAUUGCAGAAUGGAAAAUCAAGCUGACCGAUUGCAUCAAGGAGGAAAGACUACUGAAAGAUGAGUUAGCUCGCCGGUCCGCUGGUAAUGAGAGCCGUCGGAGGGAUAAUCGAUGGCGGAAGGCACUUUUCGGCGAUGCUGCUGCAGCGAUCGGUGGCCGACGAACGGAUGGAUAUGAUCUGCUUGGCGUUAGAUGGACUUGGGACUCGUACGCUGUGCCGAUCGAUCCCACUGGCGUUUCAACGGAAUCGAAACCAGGUUAUCCCGUUCCGACUGGUUGGGUGUUCCCUUCGGAACAUCCGCUACCCGACUGGGCGAUUUAUAGAGAGCCAACAAAGAGCAAACCCGAGAAGACGUAAUGUUGGUGGCGGGGGAAAAGUCGUAGACUAAUUUACUAGCGUUAGCAAUUGUAACACUACUUUCGCGAAUGAGCUUAACAACAAAAAUUAAUUGUCAACAAAUUCUGACUAUUUUAAAAAUGAAAUAUAUGUAUAGGUCGUUGAAUAAACACAAUUAACAUCAAACU